AUGGGUGAGCUGCCUACGUACCUCCAGGGAAGGAGGAUCAAGCCUGGACGUAGUUCGCGGGGUGGAGAUACCUCGGAUGAGAUUGUUUUAACGAAGUACCGUUUCAGGAGGAGAGUAAUCUCCUCUUCGAGAGUAGCAAAGGUUAACGCGCAGCGAAGUGCAUCAUCGAGUGAUACAGGAGGUCGAACGAUUAGUUCUUCUCUGAAUUUCGAUUUGUACCACAGGUUGUUUCGGAAGGCUAGUAGAGCUACUGCCUCGUUAGGGUUUUCGAUCUUAGCGAUGAUUGCUUUGAAUCUAUUGACCGUUGCGAACCAAUUUUUAGCUGGUCCGGCUAGGUUUUCAACAAAGAGUUGGCAGCAAGCUGCUUCUAUCUCUUCGGAGAAAAUUGAGCUCGAAGUAUUUCGAGAUAAAGAGCUCGGAUAUAAGCUCGUGGAUCGCUGUUACCAGAGUAUUCUGGGAUACAUAGCUUGUAAGUAUCGCGCAGACGGGUUAGCGAUCCUGGAUGAGAAGGGAGUUUGUUGUGUCUCCCUGAUUACUUUGUCGAUAUCCGGAAUCGAACUCAUUGUUUGGUUAAACGUUGAGUUCGCUUGCCGGAAUGCGAGGUUUGUUUGGUCCUGGAAUCUUUCGAAAGAUUCGCAGUCCAAAAGGUUUCGCGGAUCGACAGGAAUCCGAUUAGCUGGAAUCGGAUGGGAUAGAGCUCGAUUUGACGAGCUGUUUGCUUUUGUCAAUCGAGCUAGAUCUGUCGGAUCGUUUGCUCUAUGA